AUGAUCAUGGAGGAGGUUGCUGGGAACUUGGACCAGGAAGCAGCUGGAGAGCUUGUAGCAGAGGAGGAGCAGCUUGAACCUGAGGAAGCUUUGGAAGCCUUGGCCUUACCAACUGGUCCCAUCACAAGGUCCCAGACUAAGAUGCUCAACCAAGACAUUGGAAGAGUACUUAGCCGUUUGAGUCGGCAUGAUCAGGAGCUUAAACAUUCCACUUUGCCAUUCAAUCCAUUCUCAUCUAUCUCUUUCCAUCGAUCCAUUCAUCCUUUCACCAUCUCACUCCAUUUCGCCAAGUUCUUUGAUUCCAUUCAUUCCAUCAUCAUCAUCCAACCUCCACUUGCUUCAAAGUGCCGAUUCUCUACAAGGGAUUUACCAAGUGGUAUCAGAGCCACUUUGAAGCUAAGUACUAUGGUGUCUGAGAAAGAAGAUGAAGAGGAUUCGAACAAGAGUCUCAGUGAAUCCCUUCUGGAUCAAAUCAAGAACUCAUGA